AUGUUUAGAAACAACUACGACAAUGACUCCGUUACCUUCUCCCCCCAAGGCCGGAUAUUCCAGGUGGAAUACGCACAGGAAGCUGUUAAGCAGGGCUCUGUGGUAGUCGGUAUAGUCAGCAAGACACAUGCUGUCCUUGCUGCCCUCAAGCGAAAUGCGGAGGAGCUAUCUUCAUACCAAAAGAAAGUCAUUGCUAUUGAUUCCCACAUGGGAAUUGCCAUUGCCGGACUUGCUUCUGAUGCCCGUGUUCUAUCCAACUUUAUGAAACAACAAUCCCUAGCUUCUAAGAUGACAUACGGCCGUCCUCUUCAGGUAGAACGUAUAGUCAGCCGGAUCGGAGACCGUGCACAAACAAACACACAGGUCUACGGCAAGAGACCUUAUGGUGUCGGUUUGUUGAUUGCCGGUGUUGAUGAGGCAGGACCUCAUCUCUUUGAGUUCCAGCCCUCCGGUAUGACUCAGGAGAUGGUUGCAUGCGCAAUCGGAGCCAGGAGCCAGAUGGCCAGAACAUAUCUAGAAAGGAACUUGGAUUCGUUUGCUGACUGUGGGCGUGACGCUUUGAUCACUCACGCAUUGAAGGCAUUGAAGGAAAGCUUGUCACAGGACCGGGAAUUGACGAUUGAUAAUACAACUGUGGGCAUUACUGGAAUUCCCAGCGCGGCUACCAAGGGGAAACUUGAUACUUUUAAGUUAUACGACGGACCAGACGUGACGGCCUUUCUCGAAAAUGCAAAUGAGGAGAUAACAUCUGGGGAAACUAAGCCGUCAGAGGAAAUGGAGGUGGAUUCGUGA